CCUCGCGCCGGCCGUCGCCCAGCCCAAUUAUGUCAUCCUUUCAGCCCUCUCCAACCCCGAGCACAUCGAGCGCCGCCUCAUGAGCCUGAAGCGGUCCAGGGGAAACAGCACAUCUGAGGCGGCAGUCGAAGUGGAAGACGUUCGAAAUGGCACCGGUGGCUAACUCACAGACUACGUUGCUCUGCCUUGCUUGCUCUGAUGACUUCAAUUCUGUGUGCCUGGGUUCCCAGAUAGCUUCAGGGAGGCCGAAGCUUGUCCACGUAUGUCCACAAAAGGACAGAGAAACACGUCAUUCGACCGUGUGUAAGGCCAUGCAUGACUGGCUCGACUCUUUUCUCGUUCGAUCAGUCCCUUGGGUGGAUUGCACGCGAGACAUCGACGAGGAAUACCCUUUUUUCGACUAUGUCAACUGGGACACAUACACUCGAUUCCCAUACAUCGUUGUCGGUAACGGCUGGACCACGCCAUGAUACACACCGGCUUGCCUCUUUCCAUGAGUGUCUUGUGACUGUACCCUCAGCUGUCGACUCGCACGAAGGCGACGUUGAUCUGAAGAUAUGCACCCGGAGGAACGAGUGGGUACAUUCAUCUGACUUCCAUACUUCUGCUCUUUGCAAACUGUGUGGGUAUCUGGGCCAUUUCUGAGUCAGACAACCAACGGAUCACUGUGUCCGGAGUGAAAGGAGCACCGAUCUUGGGAGCAACUUUUUUGAGGAGUCGAUCGUGUUGGAUAUCAAGAAUCUAGAAGGCGACCAAGGUUCUGAUGACCACAAAGGAGUGCACGUCACGGUAUAUGCAUACACACGCCCGUACACAACUAUUCUCAAAGGACCACGCCUUUCGCCUUUUUGGUACAGGUGUCUUGCGUUAAACCCGAAGGACCUCGCAAGAGGCAUUGCCGAGCGGUACGUGCGCGACAUAUGGAUUCCUGAGAGGAAAGAGGAGGACAUGCGGUCCAUCUUUCUACCGAUGUGUGUCUUUGUAUGUGUGCAGCGCGUGAUCACGAUGGCUCACGAUGGCAAUUGUGAGCCCACGGAACGCAUUAGGGGUUGUGAAGGCGCCAAGUUCACUGAUGAGGCGAUAAUUUUUGGAAGGGAGCACCCGUGAACGCGUGGCUGAAGAUCACUAAGGCAUACACAAUUGAUGGUCCAUCUCUUCGCCCAUGUACACGGACAGAUCGCACUGGGCCGUGUCAUGUUGUGUGAACCACUGCAUCCAUUGCAUUCAUGUCAGCUUUGCGUUGUACGUCACCAUAUGCAAUUCAGGCAGCCAAUCACGCCAUGAAUCGCUGUUGUCUUUGUGUUGACAUCGUGGUUGCUGCCGGAAGCCGCCCAUGUGCCGGCCGGCGAGCAACCUCGCCCCUUUUCUUUCGGUUGUUUUUCCCCGUUGAAUCGAUGGUUCUGUCAGUCAUAUGCAUGGUCAGCCAGAAAAGAGUAGUUGCACGAGUCGGGGUGUUUGUCGCUAGUGUGGAUUAAUGUGAUGCUUCUGUCUUGGUAUCUUGGCGCCUGUGCAUUGUCUUGGGGGCUAUGUGCGAUGACGUCGCAUGUGAGACCUUAACAUCGUGUUUGUUGACCGAUUCGACCGAGCCAACUUCAAGCGCUCCGACCUUGAACUGUGCGUGCGUCGUGUGUCAUGACACACAUGGAUCUCUCUUGGCUGAUCGAAUGUGCGUGUGAUGGAUGUCACGCAUUAUGUGUGAUAGUUGUCAAUGACACUACUUGACAAGUACGAUGCGUGUGUG